GACCCCUACUUUAGUGUGAGGUUAGUGACAAGUCUCAGUGAAUUGUAAUUGCAGCUGUCAAGUUGCUUAUUGGUUAUUAGAUAUUUGAAAGUUAUUUGAUAUCUGAAAUGUGUAGUGUAAUGCUUUUAAAGUUUAACCGUACAUGACUACUAAUUCUGCAACCUUUUGAAAGGUGAUGAAGACAGUACAGGUUCUGAGGAUAAGGAAGAUGAAGUAAUUGUUAGGAUGUCAGCCAGUAUGUCUCCUCUCUCUGAUACAGUGGUAGGUGCAUGUCAGAGAAUUUAGUGUUACAGUUGCUUGUCUUGCUGAACUGUUGACCAGCAGGUUUCUAAUAUCCCUAUGUAAAAAACACAUUAAAUAUGUCACAGUUAAGAGAUGAUGUAAUGCAAUUGUGUUUGAGCAGAAAAGUGACCAAAGUUCCGGAUGACUGUCAAACACCUCUGCAGAGACCACAUCUCAGAUUUAUUUAUAGGUUUAUAAUUGAGAAUAUGACUUUCAGUUAAGUUGUAUAAUUACUGCUCUUUUCAAAUCUGUUAAGUAAAGGUGCAGAUACUAUGGAAAUUGUAUAAUUAACUGGUUAUGCCCUGCAGAUUUGGACAGAUCCUGAAAGCAGUUCACCACUCAACAGAGAUGGGUCAGCUACAACAUCUCAAUCUUUUGACCAAGAAAAUACUGCCAGGGCUCAAGCGAUGGCUGCAUCAGUGCUGAACACCCCACACAGCUUCUACAAGGAAUACACCAGUGUUUAUGCACCGAUUGUCAUUGAUAGCAGUUCAGAGUCAGAAGAAAAUGUGGAGCCACAAGAAGAAGAUAGCACAGGACUGGCUGCUUCAGAUGUGGUCUCUAAUCUGUCUUUAAAGAUAGAUCCUACCUCCUUCAACAGAUUCAAUAUUAACAGAGCCAAUGUGUGGGAUGGAGCCAUACGAGGGUUUAAGAGAUCUGCAUACAACCCAUCCUAUGACAUGCUGGUCAAGUUCUCAGAUGAUGUCGGACAGACAGAAGAUUCUAUUGACACAGGAGGGCCUAAACGUGAAUUUCUUACACUGUUACUGGAUGCCAUAAGAACAAAAAGAGUGUUUGAGGGCAGAAGUUCUGCAAAAUACCUUGCAUUCAACAGUCAAGCUGCAGAUGAAGAUGAGUACUUCCAUGUUGGAAGAAUGAUUGCAGUGUCCAUAGUCCAUGGUGGUCCGGGUCCACGAUGCCUGUCCCCGAAUCUCUUUGAGUACCUCAUUGGUAAAGUGAAAUCCAUUGAAGCUCCUAUUGAGGACAUACCAGAUGAAGAAGUUAAGAAUUCUCUAUUUGAGAUUUCCAAUGCAACAUCUGUGAGUCAGCUACAAAGCUCCACAGAAAACAUUCAAGCAUGCUCCAGACAGCAGGAUGUUUUCACCUCAUAAAAAAACUGGAAGACAAGGAGAAAAUCGUACAUGAUUACAUUCAGUGGUACUUCGUGUAUCGUAAUCAUUUCUCCAUUCAGAGAUUUAAAGAGGGACUAGCAACACUUGAUGUUGCCAAUGCUUUGGAACAGCAUCCAUCACUCUUGCAGCCUUUCAUGUGCUAUACUGAGGCCAGGCUGAGAGCAGAUACUGUGGAGGAUAUCUUUCAUGUGAAGCUUAGCCCUCCUGGAAGCACCAAGCGACAUGAAGAGACAAGGGUGCUUGCUUACUGGAGAGAUUAUCUGCUACAUGUAGAAGAUGAAAAGUCAGGCCUUUCUCUUCAGGAUGUGCUCAUGUUUGGAACUGGGCUAAAGGAAGUUCCACCAGCAGCAAUAAAGCCACAACCCCAACUGACAUUUGAGUGGAGCUCACGCUUUCCCUUGGGAAGUACCUGUGCAAACACCCUAAAAAUUCCAAUCUUGCCUAGCUAUGAGGACUUUCAAGAAGCCAUGGACUAUGGAAUACAGAAUUCUCCUGGGUUUGGCCUGCCCUAAAGCAAAGCCAGAUUGCAAAACUAGUAUGUUAAAGUUGAAUUGUUCAUGUUUCACAUUUCAAUGAUGCUGAAUACCUAGUGUAGUCAGUUUUGGUUCUUUUAUAUGGUUUUGUUGCCAGUCUGAUCAACACAAAGAUGCAUGUGCAUUUCAUUUUUAUACACUGUAUGUAUGAAAAAAGGUAUUGGGGUUGCAUUCACUGAAGAGGAUACUUGAGAUCAAGAUGUUAGAUGAUCACCACCCACCUCAUUCCCAGCUCCACCCAGAAGUAUUAGACUGAGCACCAUAAUUCUAGAGAACUUUGAGCAUUGUGAGCCUGGGAUGUAUCAAGGAGCAUCGGCUAAGAACUGCAUUUCUGAAUGUUGGGGCAAACUGAUGUGGGAUUCUUCUUUAAAGGAGAACUCCGGUGUAAAAUGGACUUUUGUUGUAGUAAAACAUGAUAAAGUACUUACCUUUGAUGAAUAGCGCACCUCCGGACUCCUACAGCGUUCCGUAAUCCGAAAUUAACAGUUUGUCAAAACACCCUUCAGACAGGGUGACACGGGGCAUAAUUUACCCUGAUAAAUUGCCUUUUCCACUGUUAUUCAGCUCAAAGUAGCUCCACAACUCCUUACAAGAAUCCGGAGCGUCCUGACAUUUAAAACGAGGCAUUUCUGGAUCUCUGAACGCUGUGGGAGAAAGGAGGUGUGCUAUUCAUCAAAGAUAAGAACUUUAUCAUGUUUUACUACACCAAACAUCCAUUAUACACCAGAGUUCUCCUUUUAAGUACAGGUGUCCACAAAUAAAUUCAUACAGACGAGGCUGAAGUUGGUUUGAUAUUCGCAGCUCCAGAUUCGUUUGGCUCGAUAUUCGGAGCCUCGUAUUCCCCGGCUGAAGUUGGUUUGAUAUUCGCAGCUGCCGCUUCACUGAACCACCGUGAACUAAAGGGAGCGUUCACAAACACCCGCUGUUUAUAUUAAACACCUCACAGAUCAACACUGAAGGAGAUAGAAUGAAGAAAAGCAGUACAUCUGUUUAUUAACAAUGUAAAUAUAC